CUGACGUUUUGUCCCAAAGUGCCAGCCAUUGAAGGUGGGCGAAGGGAAGUUUGUUGAAAAAUAUCGCUAAAAAUGGCUUUUGCCUUAGCCAGGGUGAAUGCAAUUCCCAAGCAGCAAAUUGCUGCGAUUUAUCCGCUCGUGGUGAAAGCACAGCGCAGAGGAAACUCCACGGCACCCCCGGCGGGGACUCCGCCACCGCAGACGAAGACCACUUUCGGGCCACUGGCUGACCAGGAUAGGGUGUUUACGAACUUGUAUGGACGACAUGACUGGCGACUCAAGGGAGCCCUCAAACGGGGCGAUUGGUACAAGACCAAGGAAAUCAUUCACAAGGGAGCGGAAUGGAUCGUCAAUGAAAUCAAGGUCUCCGGACUUCGCGGGCGCGGAGGAGCGGGUUUUCCUUCCGGUCUGAAGUGGUCAUUCAUGAACAAGCCCUCGGAUGGACGCCCCAAGUAUCUGGUGGUGAACGCUGACGAGGGCGAGCCCGGAACCUGCAAGGAUCGCGAUAUAAUGCGCCACGAUCCACACAAGCUGGUUGAGGGCUGCUUGAUUGCGGGCCGCGCGAUGGGCGCCCAGGCGGCGUACAUCUACAUCCGCGGGGAGUUCUACAACGAGGCCUCCAACAUGCAGUAUGCCAUUGCGGAAGCCUACCAGGCUGGCCUGAUCGGCAAGAACGCCUGCGGCUCUGGCUAUGACUUCGACGUGUUCAUGCAUCGCGGCGCCGGGGCGUACAUUUGCGGCGAGGAGACGGCGCUCAUCGAGUCGCUGGAGGGGAAGCAGGGCAAACCGCGUCUCAAGCCGCCUUUCCCGGCUGAUAUUGGCGUCUUCGGAUGUCCCACGACUGUUACCAACGUGGAGACAGUGGCGGUUGCGCCCGCAAUCUGCCGCCGUGGCGGCGUGUGGUUCGCCAGCUUUGGGCGCACGCGGAACUCCGGCACGAAAUUGUUCAACAUCUCCGGCCACGUGAACAAUCCGUGCACUGUCGAGGAGGAGAUGUCGAUUCCGCUGAAGGAGCUGAUCGAGAGACACGCCGGCGGCGUGCGCGGCGGCUGGGACAACCUGCUGGCCGUGAUCCCGGGCGGCUCCUCGACGCCGUGCAUCCCGCAGAAUGUGUGCAGCGACGUGCCGAUGGAUUUUGAUGGGCUCGUGGCGGCGCAAACGUCCCUCGGCACGGCCGCCGUGAUCGUGAUGGACAAGAGCACGGACAUCAUUCGGGCUAUCCACAGGCUGUGCGAGUUCUACAAGCACGAGAGCUGCGGCCAGUGCACGCCGUGCCGCGAGGGCCUCGGCUGGAUGAACAAGAUCAUGGCGCGCUUUGUGCAGGGGAACGCGAACAAGGGCGAGAUCGACAUGCUGUGGGAGAUUUCGAAGCAGAUUGAGGGCCACACGAUCUGCGCCCUGGCCGACGGCGCCGCCUGGCCAGUGCAGGGACUCAUCAGGCACUUCCGACCGGUGAUUGAGAAGCGCAUCGAGGCGUUCCAGGGCCAAAAGGCGGCACAGCGCCAGUGAACACGGCCGAAGGAUAGCAAAGGACUCUCCGUAGAUCACAUUGAGUUGUGAGCGAAUUCAAGCUCUGUGGAGGAAUAUUUAAACAUUAUUGAAUAAAAAGCUGAUAGUUGA